AUGAAACGACUGCUUAAAAUCCGGCGUACUCAGGCUCCCCAGGAACCCCAGAAGUGGGUCCCCAUUCUUGGGGAGCUGCAGAAGACCCUCCAGAAGGGCGAGUACCUGCCCCUCCGCCCGCUGCCCAUGUUCGAGAGUAACUUUGUCCAGGUGACUAAUCACGGGGCUCCUGCGUUAGUGCACCACAAAACCAACAAGCUGACUAUGGGUGUAGCGGCAUCCUUGCCUGGUCUAGUGCUGCCCGACAUUCUGUUGCUUGCUCGGCCCCCGGAGGACAGGGAUUGCUCCAGUCUCAACCUGACCAGGAUGAUCCCUCUAGACCUUGCCCACCUCUAUGUCCACGAUCUGCCCACCUGGCGCCUGAAGCUGCGGCUGAUCACCGGCCGCUACUACUACCUGGAAUUGGAUGCCCCUGACCAUGAGCUGGGCUUCUUGUUUGACCGCUGGCUUCGCCUCAUCAACCUGCUUCAUGAGCCUACCAUAUCUUGGGCACCCAGGACCAUGAACAUGCCCCUCCUGGACACGAUCCAAGACGGAGCGCCAGCCUCCACCUGGCGCCUUCAGGACCAGUCUGCAGGCACACUUACAGCUGAAGUUGCUGAGGGCACCUUUCCUUGCAAAAUGUUCUCUUCACAAAAACAAAGGAAGACCAAGAUGAUCAAGCACAGUUUCAGGUCUCAGGCUGUGGGUGACUCUCUGCCUCUCCUCUGGUCACAACUACAACCUCCUAAGGAUCAGAAGAAAGUCACAGAAAAGAAGUCCUACCUAGGUGCCUGCCCCGCUGGAUCCGAAACUCUAAUCCGUGUUUCUGAGAAGGCCAGCAUCACCAUUCGAACCAUCUUCAGCAUCAUCUCUGGCACAAUGAACCAGGAACACAGAUCUGAUUCUGAGGGAACCAUAGGCCGGUGCCGUCUGAUUGAGACUCCUACACAGUGUGUCUCUCACAACACCCAUGAUUUAGCCUUCAUGGACUCCCACGGUCACCUGGACACCUUCCUGUGGACUCAAGACCUUGACAAUCUUAUAGACACUGAGUCCACCUCUCUGUCUUCCCCCUUGCCCACGUCUCCUUACCCUCCUGCCUUCUACAUCUUUCCACCGGGUUCCUCCUUUGCAAAGUCCAAGGACAAAGCCAAGCCCAAGCCCAUAGGCUCAAUGAAAUAUAUGUCCUCCCCUAUCACAUCAGGGAAAACACCGUUCAUUUGGGACAAGUCUACUAAGGUACCAGCUGAGCCGGCUCCAGCUCAGAAGGCCCCAGCCCUUCCUGCUCCAUCUCAGAAGGCCCCGGCUGCACCAUGGUCAACCCAGAAGUCUUCGGCCAAACCCAGCCCCUUCUCUAAGGCUCCACCUUCUGGUUCCCAGAAGACCCCAUCUGUCCCUGGACCCCCCCAGAAGGCCCCGGUUCUAGUUACUCAACCCCAGAAAACUUUACCCCCAGCUUUGAAGCUUCCACAAGCACCUGCGGGUUCCCAGAAGGCUGUGCCCCCAAAGAAGGACAUUCUAGUCCUAAAUGCUCCAACUGCCCAGUCUCAGAAAGCUCCCGACUCAAAGGCAAAGGCCCCUGUGGAUCCUAGCAUGUUACAGGCAGGAGAUACGCUUGAGAGGAAGUCUGAAGGGAAACAGGAACCUGGGGUGUUGGUGGGAGAGCAGAAAAGGAAAGCGGUAGAGAUGAAGACCACGCCCCUGCAGCUGCCCAGUACCACCGCCAAGAAGCAAUCCAAGGAGGUCUUGAUUAGUAAAACCCAGGAGGUCACUCUGGAGGCCUUGAAGGGCAGGGGCAAGUUAGAGGAGAGGGUCCACAAGAUGGAGAAGACAACUGUGAACUUGCCUGAUCUGAAGUCCAUGGAGAUAGAGAGUCAGAAGAAAUGGCUCUUGACCAAGGAGGUAGCUGCUGAGGGCCCCUACCUCGAGGACACCAGGCCUUUCUCUGUGGAGGGGCUUGCCCUCGCCAAGAUGAUGAUUGUGGCCAACUCCAGACAGCAGCACCUGAAGCCGACCACUAUCUCUCUGCCCUCUUGGUUCUCCAUGACUUCCAGGGCGUCUGCCAUGUCUGUGUUGGCCAAUUUGCCCUUUAACACCAGCCAGAUGACCUUGCCAGAGAGGACACAGGUAGUGGUCAAGGAGCAGUCUAGUUCCUAUACUAAGAUGAGAGAGAACAAACCGCACCAGAUGGAGAAGAAUCCACCCAAGGGUUCGCUGAAGAUGUCCAAGGAACCCACAGCUGAGUUGCCAAAGACUGUUAAUAUUAGUUUGAAGGACACGUCUCAGCCACUGACAUCCCUCACAGCUCCCAUCUCCAAGACAAAGUCCUCAGUCAGGGUGCCCCAAAAGCCUGAAGUGAAACAUCAAGGGUUCAAGCAGGCAAACACACAGCAGCAGCCUCUGGCUGUCCCAGGGCCAACCGCAGAACUUCCCCUUCCCACCAUCUUGGAAAUGGAGGAUAAGAGGAAAAUGGCCACGGAAGAUGAGAUGCCAGUGAAGAAACCCGGUGCCCAUCAUGCUCAGAGGGAUCCUAUUGGCUGGGACUCCCUGGGGGCCAGCCAAUCCGCCCUGAGGGUCGUAUUCUUCCUGCGCUUCGGGGACCAGCCCUCACUCUUCCAGCUAAACGCAGUGGUGGACCCCCGCAGCCCAGCUGUCCAGCUUCGUUCUUCGUCCUCAGCCUGGUGA